AUGAGUGAUAAUGUGAAUGAGAUUAUGGAGAGAAUGGUUCCGGACCUGAGGGAUAUGGAAGAGAACGGAAUCUUCUCUCAUGGAGAAAUUACAUCUAUCAUUCACAAACGUCGCGGAAUGGAAUAUGCAAUGAGCAGCUAUUCGAAAACGAUCCAGGACUACCUUACUGCGAUUCAAUAUGAAAUCAAUUUGGAAACACUGCGGAAAAUGCGUAAGAAUCGUCUAGGUCUGAGCAAGUACCUGAAGAGCGACAGUAGUGUUGUGAAUCGGACCCAUUUUAUCUUUGAACGGAUGAUCCGGAGAUAUAAAAGCGAUUUAAAUGUUUGGCUAAAGUAUGUAGAGUUCUGUGAAUCAAUCGGUGCAAAUGGAAAGUUAGGGACUCUGUUUCCGAGAAUCCUGCAGUUGCACCCUCGAGCCGAAGGAGUUUGGGUGAAAGCAGCCAACUGGGAAAUGUCUCAAGGCAAUUUUUCGAACGCUCGAAGUGAUUUCUCUGCUUUCCGAUCACUCAUAGCUUUGAUGCAGCGCGCAAUCCGAAUCAAUAAGCACAGCCAGCUAUUAUGGAAAGAGUAUUUCCGAUUCGAACUGGGGCUUUCUCUCGCUGUUUUGAUUGCAGUCUCUUCGUGA